AUGCAUGUCCUUCUUACUGGCGGCACAGGCAAGAUUUCAAUCCGCCUAGCCCGCUUCCUUCAAAAUGAGAACAUUCCCUUCCUGUUGGCCUCUCGUCGCGGUCACUCCGCAGCCCCCUCUGGCAUGCCGGCUGUCAAAUUUGACUGGCUGGACCAGUCCACCUGGAAGGAACCCUUCCAGUUCCGCUUCUCUAGUGGCGGAACCAUCUCAGCCGUCUAUCUCAUAGAACCGCUAGUCGACGAGCCCUGGAAACCUAUGAACGAGUUUAUUGACUAUGCACGCAAAGAACAUGGGGUGGAGAGAUUUGUGCUGGUGGGGGGUAGCACUACUGAGCCGUCGAAGCCGGGCAUGGGGAUGGUGUGGCAACACUUCCUGGACACUGGAGUCGACUACUGUGUGCUUCGACCCAGUUGGUUCAUGGAAAAUCUCUCCGAUGAAGCUCCUAGUAUUGUCAUCCGGGAUCACAGCAAGAUAUUUUCGGCCUGUGGCGAUGGGAAAAUUCCCUUCGUGAGUGCUAUUGACAUCGCCGCGGUCGCAUUCCGGGCCAUCACCGACCCCAAAUCACACAACUGCGACUACCGCGUGCUGGGACCGGAGCUACUAACCUACGACGAGGUGGCGGAGAAACUCUCCGCCGCGCUGGGGCGCUCUAUCGAGCAUGUUAAGCUGUCUGGGGACCAGCGGUAUGAAGCCUUGGUCAGCUUUGGGGUCUCUGACUACUAUGCUCGGCUCCUGGCGAGCCUGGAAACUGCGGCAUCGACAGGAAUUGAAACUCGCAUGAACGAUGACGUGGAGAAGGUGACGGGAAGGGCCCCCAGGACCCUGGAUCUUUUUGCACACGAGAAUGCAGAGGUGUGGAAGUCAGUCAGUGAAUGA